AAAAGGUUAGCAGAGUGCAAUGGGAUGAGGGAGUACAAUUUCUCUUUUGGUUCUUUCCCCCGCCUAGAGAUCUUAAUUGUCUAUCUCUUUAACACAAGUGUGGUUCAUUCUCUCAACCAUCACAUUCCCUCAUUUUCGGCCAAAGUGUUUCACCAUUUAUUACAUUCAUUAUUGUUCUUGACCAACCGCAAAUCAGCCUCCACAUGCAGGCUCAAAGCACAACCAUGCCGGAAUCGAAAAGUUUUGUCGGCGUAUUUCCAUAUUCAUAGAGGUGCCGCAAUCCUUCAGUUCGAUUCAUCUUAUUGAUCUCCCUUUUGUUAUUAUUUUGUUUUUCUAAUGAUGUAUGGGUUAAUCAAUUCUCAUGUAUAGUCAGAUUGGAUUCCUCUUAUGAACCGAUAUUGAUUCCUCUUGUUAAUCUUUUUUCUGAUAUUAGAUUAUUUGUCCUAUGCAUGGGUUAA